AUGACUUGUGGGUGUGGGAAAUGGCAAGGAUCAGGGAUCCCUUGCAAGCAUGGGCUAAGGGUCAUUUACAACCAAAGACUUAAUCCUAGGGACUUUGUCUCACCUUUCUACAAGGGGGCUGCUUACAAACUCACUUAUGGAGACCACAUCCACCCUGUGGCUGAUCCAACUCACUGGCCUUCAACAAAUGUGCCAGAAAUUGUAGCACCCCAAGGGAAAAGAAAUGCUGGCAGACCACCUAAGGAAAGGAGAAGAGCUGCUCAUGAAGCAAAAAAAGAAAAGAGGCAUAAGAAUAACAAAUGCAGCCUAUGCAAAGAACUAGGCCACAAUGCAAUGACAUGCAAGGCAAAAAAGGCAUCAUCAAAGAAGGCAGCACAUGCAGCUUCUUCUUCAGAGCAAGGCAACACUAGGGGGAAGAGAAAGACUGCUACUUAG